AUGUCCACGUCCUCGUCCUCGUCCUCGAAUAUUACACUCAUGGUAGUUAUCUCCAAUGUCGAGGAAUACUACCGGCACUGGGGCCUAUUCCUCGACGACUUCGAGAACCCUCAACCGGGUCACAACUUCCUCCAAGUCAAAGGCCCUCUGGGGGGUCACUGGUACGAAUCAGAAAGGUUCAACAACUGGUACGAAGUACCCGAAGUAAAGGAUCUGGUUUAUCUUUGCGAGGUGAAUGUCAACCUCCUCGACAUAAUCCGGGAAGUUGCUCAGAAGAUCCCCAUCGGCAACGACAUUCCCAUUUGGAACUCCCAGGAUUAUGUGGUCUCGUUGUUGGAUAACCUGGAAGCCCGGGGGAUUUUGGAUUCUACUGAUGAAAGAUACGCGCAAAAGAAGCGCAUCGUUUGCAACAUGCGACAAGGAGUGAAUUUGAAAGUCUGGUAG